GCCGCCGCCCCGCCGGGCGUGGAUGCGGGAGGCCGAAGCCGUCCGCCGCCGGGAGUGAUCGCCAGAGUGACCGGUCGAUCGGUCAGACGCCAAGGCGCUCGCCAUGGAGGAGGAGGACUUGAAGGAGGGCGGUGAGAAGCCUCGGGGAGCGCAGACAGCUGACAAGGCCGGCUGGAUCAAGAAGAGCAGCGGGGGCUUUCUGGGGCUCUGGAAAGACCGGUAUCUGCUUCUCUGCCAGGCUCAGCUGUUGGUCUGUGAGAGUGAGGAUGAGCAGAAGUGUGUGGAGACGGUGGAGCUGGGCAGCUAUGAGAAGUGCCAGGAACUCCGAGCCCUUCUGAAACGGAAGCAUCGCUUCAUCCUGCUGCGAUCACCUGGGAACAAGGUCAGUGACAUCAAAUUCCAAGCGCCCAGCAGCGAGGAGAAGGAGUCCUGGAUCAGAGCCCUCAAUGAGGGCAUCAACCGAGGCAAGAACAAGGCUUUUGAUGAGGUAAAGGUGGACAAGACCUGUGCCCUGGAGCAUGUGACGCGUGACCGUGUCCGUGGGGGCCAGAAGCGCCGGCCACCGACACGCAUUCAUCUAAAGGAGGUAGCCAAUGCCGCGUCUGAUGGCCUGUCUCGCCUGGAUCUGGACGUUCCUGACAGUGCACCUCCCACCUUCACUCCCAGUGACCCUGAUGUGGUAACCCCAGCCCGAGAGGCGCUGCGGCCCCCCAUGCCUCCCUCCAAACCAUUGCCUGAAUUUGACUGGAGCCACCCUACAUCCGGAUCAGAGUCCCCAGCACAGGAAAGGGUCCAGCCCCCUGCCCCCGCCGUUUCAGGGGCUGAUGGUGAGAGCUUAGAAGACUCGGUGACUUUAGUUUGUGAUGACAAGGUCCCGGAGCAGCCUCCCAGCAAAGCAGUCCCGGAAGGUAACAGAUUGAAGGUGAGCUGGGAGGAGCCGACUUCAGUGCUGGGUUCUGAGGCUCCUGAGCCAAAGGAAGGGGGGCAGCCACCGACACCCCCACCCAAGAUCUUGUCGGAGAGACUGAGGGUCUCCAUGGAGGUGUCUGGGCCUGCUCCGAACACCCAGACUGCUCAGACUGCUGAGACUGUCCCCGGACCCACCCUGGUGGCCGUGAACGGCGUGGCCGAGGGGCACGAGCCUGUCCAGCCAGUGCAGGCCUCAAGCAGCCCAGAGACACAUCCUGAAGUGUCCCCUGUGGGCUCUGUACCUCCUCCCCAUGAUGUGUCACCUCACCCGCACCCCCGUUGUGCCUCUCUGGGAGAUCUGCUGGCUGAGGGGUCCCAGCAGCCCAAAGAACGGCUGUUCCGGGCACAGCUGGAGGUGAAGGUGGCAUCGGAGCGGACGGAAAAGCUGAUGCACCAGAUGCGCAGUGGCGAGCCAGACUCUGUGAAUGCCGAGGCGCUGCUGAGCCAGGCUGUAGAGCAGCUGCGACAGGCCACAGAAGUCCUUCAGGAGCUUCGUGGCCGGGGGGAGCACAGCCAGGAUGCUCCAGACACCUUGGCGCUGGCAAAGAAAAAGAAGGAGCUGGUGAGCCUCUACCGCCGCAGCGCGCCCUAGGCCUCGGCCCACCUUCGUCCAGGAACUGGUC